AUGGCCUUUGACGGCGAUCCGCGUAAGCGCCCAGCAACCAAGUCGCCGGAGGGAGGCCCUUCAAUGGCUCAGAAGCGCGCACCAGUCGCACCUAUGGCACCUUUCAAGAAAACGGGUGAUAUCACUAGCGCGCUUUCCGACUUUAUGAACGCAUCCAUUGCGCUUGCUAAGCUCGACCUCAAACUCGAUGCCGCCAAGGAAGUUUGUGCCACUAAAACCCGCGAGUACAACAACCUCUUGCCUCAAUUCGCGGCCUUUCCAGCCAUUAAAGAGGAGAAGUCGCGCGCCAAGGCCAUUGCAGAGAAAGACGUCACCAACCUUGAAAUGCGUAUGCAACAGGAGCGCACCGGCUCGCAGCAUGUGAUCGCCGUGAUAGCCGAUAUGAUUAGCCCCAAGGCAAUGGCGACUCCCACGCUUUCCAGGGAUGAGUCCCUGCUAGGUCAAAUUAAGAGUGUUGAACAGGCCGCUUCUAUUUGCAAAAACAGACUCGAUGCUCUCGAGAGCGCAGCCGGCACAUCCAGUGCCACCACCUCGAGCAGAGCUGAUUUGAGUGACCUCACAGCACGUGUCGAUGCCAUUGAGAAGGAUAUCGAGGCAACGCAGAACGAGACGUUCGAGACUAUUGAAGAGACCCUAAAGGAGAAGGACCAGGAGAUUACUACGAAGAUGAACGAUCUCCGCACCCAGUUGAAGAAUCUCGAGGCCAAGGACAAGGUUAAUGCUACCGACCUUGCUACCCUGCGAACCCACAUUACCGAGAGCGAUAAAGUCCAGUACCAGAAUGCCGAAGCCAUCAACGACUGUCUCAAGCGUUUAGGUCUCGUCGAAGCCGCUUCCGAUAAAGCUAGCACCGCCGAAGGCUUAGCUACCGUCGAAGCGAAUGUCACUCUCCUAGAGGAACGCGUCAAGAAGGUUGAGGCUAGGAGGAAAGCCGGCUCGGCCAAUAACGGAGAAGUGCCUGGAAUGCUUCAGUUCCAGCCAGUCGUGUACAGCGAGAGCGAGGACAGUUGGGACAGUGACGCAGAGCAGCAGCCAGGGAGGGAGAAGAAUGGCACCAAGAGUAGCAAUCCGAAGGGCAUGCAGCUCGUUAAGGGAGAGAUUGAGAGACUCAGAUUCAUGACUCGCCAGCACGAGACUCGCCUUAACAACCUCACCACCGAAGAAGUCGUCAAGCAGAUGGGCGACGUUUACUCCAACUUAUACCCGCAGGCCAGAAACUUCGAGGCUACUUCGAACAACCUGAACGGUCAGCUUAUCCACAUAGGCACCAAGCUCGCAACUCUGUCGAGUCAAAUCGAUGCCCUUUCGCUGCGCGUGGAUGCUCACGAUAAGGCUGUCUCGGACGGUCAGAAUGGCAUAACGAAGCUGAGCGGAGACAUCCAGCAGGUGGCAGACACGAUCAAGCAACUCAUUAGCCGCAUUAAUAAGAUGGAUAAAUAG